CAUUGACAACCACUCCAGGACCAACAUCAUCUCUCGCCUUAACAACAACAGCCCUUGGCUCAAUCCCAGCAACAACUGAACAGAUGACAGAUAUUAUCACUGUUCCUGAACAAAUUGUGACUCUGGAAGCGACUAUUGAAGAACCUUUUGUGGAAGACCUUAACAAUCGCUUCAGUCAAAUAUACUUAGAAUAUGAGGCGCAAUUGGUCACAGUGUGUGACCUCAUCUUCUUCCAAGCGUUUGGUUCAAUUUUUAAUCGCACGAAUGUCAUUGAAUUCAGGCCACGAAUGGAAAAUACGCAAGUCAUAGUGGAAUUGGUGUUCAACAAUUCAGCACCAGUUGAAAAAAUCCCAGAUGACGAUAAAGUCGUAGAAACCUUAGUAGAAGCUGUAAAGAACAACUCCUUCGAGCUUCCUCUCGACCCAGACUCAAUUGCAGUCAUUUCACCAAAUUCAUUGACAACCACUCAAGGACCAACAUCAUCUCUCGCCUUAACAACAACAGCCCUUGGCUCAAUCCCAGCAACAACUGAACAGAUGACAGAUAGUAUCACUGUUUCUGAACAAAUUGUGACUCUGGAAGCGACUAUUGAAGAACCUUUUGUGGAAGACCUUAACAAUCGCUUCAGCCAAAUAUACUUAGAAUAUGAGGCGCAAUUGGUCACAGUGUGUGACCUCAUCUUCUUCCAAGCGUUUGGUUCCAUUUUUAAUCGCACGAUUGUCAUUGAAUUCAGGCCACUAAUGGAAAACACGCAAGUCGUAGUGGAAUUGGUGUUCAACAAUUCAGCACCAGUUGAAAAAAUCCCAGGUGACGAUGAAGUCGUAAAAACCUUAGUAGAAGCUGUAAAGAGUAGCAACAACACCUUUGACCUUCCUCUCGACCCAGACUCAAUUGCAGUCAUUUCACCAAAUUCAUUAACAACCACUCAAGGACCAACAUCAUCUCUCGCCUUAUCAACAACAGCCCUUGGCUCAAUCCCAGCAACAACUGAACAGACGACAGAUAGUAUCACUGUUCCUGAACAAAUUGUGACUCUGGAAGCGACUAUUGAAGAACCUUUUGUGGAAGACCUUAACAAUCGCUUCAGUCAAAUAUACUUAGAAUAUGAGGCGCAAUUGGUCACAGUGUGUGACCUCAUCUUCUUCCAAGCGUUUGGUUCCAUUUUUAAUCGCACGAUUGUCAUUGAAUUCAGGCCACUAAUGGAAAACACGCAAGUUGUAGUGGAAUUGGUGUUCAACAAUUCAGCACCAGUUGAAAAAAUCCCAGAUGAAGAUGAAGUCGUAGAAACCUUAGUAGAAGCUGUAAAGAACAACUCCUUCGAGCUUCCUCUUGACCCAGACUCAAUUGCAGUCAUUUCACCAAAUUCAUUGACAACCACUCCAGGACCAACAUCAUCUCUCGCCUUAACAGCAACAGCCCUUGGCUCAAUCCCAGCAACAACUGAACAGACGACAGAUAGUAUCACUGUUCCUGAACAAAUUGUGACUCUGGAAGCGACUAUUGAAGAACCUUUUGUGGAAGACCUUAACAAUCGCUUCAGUCAAAUAUACUUAGAAUAUGAGGCGCAAUUGGUCACAGUGUGUGACUUCAUCUUCUUCCAAGCGUUUGGUUCAAUUUUUAAUCGCACGAUUGUCAUUGAAUUCAGGCCACUAAUGGAAAACACGCAAGUUGUAGUGGAAUUGGUGUUCAACAAUUCAGCACCAGUUGAAAAAAUCCCAGAUGACGAUGAAGUCGUAAAAACCUUAGUAGAAGCUGUAAAGAGUAGCAACAACACCUUUGACCUUCCUCUCGACCCAGACUCAAUUGCAGUCAUUUCACCAAAUUCAUUAACAACCACUCAAGGACCAACAUCAUCUCUCGCCUUAUCAACAACAGCCCUUGGCUCAAUCCCAGCAACAACUGAACAGACGACAGAUAGUAUCACUGUUCCUGAACAAAUUGUGACUCUGGAAGCGACUAUUGAAGAACCUUUUGUGGAAGACCUUAACAAUCGCUUCAGCCAAAUAUACUUAGAAUAUGAGGCGCAAUUGGUCACAGUGUGUGACUUCAUCUUCUUCCAAGCGUUUGGUUCAAUUUUUAAUCGCACGAUUGUCAUUGAAUUCAGGCCACUAAUGGAAAACACGCAAGUUGUAGUGGAAUUGGUGUUCAACAAUUCAGCACCAGUUGAAAAAAUCCCAGAUGACGAUAAAGUCGUAGAAACCUUAGUAGAAGCUGUAAAGAACAACUCCUUCGAGCUUCCUCUCGACCCAGACUCAAUUGCAGUCAUUUCACCAAAUUCAUCAACAACCACCCAAGGACCAACAUCAUCUCUCGCCUUAUCAACAACAGCCCUUGGCUCAAUCCCAGCAACAACUGAACAGACGACAGAUAGUAUCACUGUUCCUGAACAAAUUGUGACUCUGGAAGCGACUAUUGAAGAACCUUUUGUGGAAGACCUUAACAAUCGCUUCAGUCAAAUAUACUUAGAAUAUGAGGCGCAAUUGGUCACAGUGUGUGACUUCAUCUUCUUACAAGCGUUUGGUUCAAUUUUUAAUCGCACGAUUGUCAUUGAAUUCAGGCCACUAAUGGAAAACACGCAAGUUGUAGUGGAAUUGGUGUUCAACAAUUCAGCACCAGUUGAAAAAAUCCCAGAUGAAGAUGAAGUCGUAGAAACCUUAGUAGAAGCUGUAAAGAACAACUCCUUCGAGCUUCCUCUUGACCCAGACUCAAUUGCAGUCAUUUCCUCAGAAACCACCCGAGGACCAACAUCAGCAACAACUCAACAGACAACAGAUAUCAUCUCAGUUUCCUCACCCGUUGUGCUUCUUGAAGCCACUCUGGUGGAACCUUUUGUGAAAGAACUCAACAAUCGCAGCAGUGAACAAUACAUAGAACUUGAAAACCAAGUUGUUUCUAUGUGUGACUUCAUCUUCUUUCAAGCGUUUGGAUACAUUUUUAUCCGCACAAUUGUAAUUGAAUUCAAGCCAGAAAUGGGAAACACCAGUGUAGAAGUGGAACUAGAGUUCAACAGUUCGGUCUCAGUUGAAGAAAUCCCAGAUGCUGAAGUGAUUCUAGACACAUUGGUAGAAGCUGUGAAGAGCAGCAACAACUCCUUGGACCUCACCGUUAUCCCAGAAUCAAUUGUAGUCAUUUCUGAAGAAUCAACACCAACAACUCAAAGAUCAACAACAUCUCACACACCAACAACUGUUGAACUCACAAGUCAACAGAAAACUUCGGAAGGCUCAACGACUGAUAAAUUAAAAACUUCAAUUGAUGACUCAGCCACUACCUUUGACAAAUUCUCAACUGUUACUCAUGGAAUAACCACUACUCAGGGAUUUCCAACCAACCAAUCGACAAUUAUUGAGGAAUCAACAGCUACUACUGAUGAACCAACAACUGCCACUGACAAAUCAAGACCAACUCUUCAUGAAUCAACAGCAGCGUUUGACAAAUCAACAAGUGUUGACGCAUCAACAACUGUGUUUGACCAAUCAACAAUUGCUGUUCACAUGUCUACACCUAUUUUUGAUGUGUCAACUUUUGCUGUUGAUGAAACAACUACUAGUGACAAAUCAGCAAUCACAGUUGACGGAGAAACGACUAUUGAGGGAUCUCCAACAACUCUUGAUGAAUUAGCAACUGCUGAUGAAUUGACAGCAACUAUUGACAGAUCGACAAUUACUAACAAAUCACCAACUACUGAAGAUACAAAAGAAACUAUAGAAGAAGCAACUACAACUAUAGUCAAAACAACUUCUUUCAACAUACCAACAUUUACUGACAGAUCAACAACUUCCGACGAAUCAACAAUCGUCAGAACCACAAUAAUUGUUGACGAGCCGAAAGCAACUAUUGAAGGACAAACAACUACCUUUGACAAGUCGACAACCAUUAAUGAAUUAAGAUCAACUACUAUUAACAGCUCAGAACCAAUCGGUGACAAAUCAACAACACUUGACACAUCAACAAUUAAUGCUGAUGAAUCAUCAAAUUCUAUUGAUGAAAUUACUAGUAUUAACAAAUCAACAACUGCGUUUGACCAAUUAACAACAGCUCGUGACAAGUCAACAACUCUUGAGCGAUUGUCAACAACUGUUGACGAAUCAACGGUGACUACUGAAGAAUCAACCAAAGCUUUUGAAGAAUUAACAACCACUUAUGAUAUUACAAUUAGCACUGAUGGUUCAUUGAUUACUGAUGGUUCAUUAAUUACUGACAAAUCAUCAGCUACUGAAGAACCAACAGAAUCUCUCAACAAACCAACAACAAAUAUUUUCAGAUCAACUUCUAUCAAGGACCCCACAUUCAUUGAUGGAUCGUCAACUGUUGCUGAAUCAACAACAGCCAUCGACCAAUCAACAAUAAACACUGACGAACCAAGAACAACAACUGAAGGAUCAACAGUUAUCAUUGACAAGUCAACAACUAUUGAUGGAUCAGAACAGAUAACUGAUAAAUCAACUCUUACUAACAAAAGGACAACUGCAGAGAAAUUGACAACAACUACUGAUGAAUCACCAACGACACUUGAUGGAUUAACAAAUGCCGUUAAUGGAGCGACUUUUACUCACCAUUCAACGGUUGUAUUUGACCACUCAGCAACUGUUGUUGACAAAUCAACAACUACUGUUGAAAAAGUAACAAUCACUUUUGACGACUCAGCAACCUCUACCGACAAGUCAACCGUCACUAUUGAUGAGUCAACAGCUACUAACGAACAAACUUCUCUUGGCAAAUCAACAACUAUGACUGAAACAACAUUUAUUGACAGAUUAACCACCACUUUGCAAAAAUUGACAAUUAAUGAUGACCUUACAAGUAUACAUGAAUCAACAACGACAAUUGACAGAAUAACUGAAAAUUUGGGUGUAACAACUACUAUUGACGCAUCGACUAGUUUUGACAAAUCAUCAACUACUAAAGAACAAAUGACAACUAAUGACAAAAAAGCUACAAUAGAUGAUUCCACUAUUACUGACCAAUCAACACUUUUUGACAAAUCAACUACGACUGACAAUACAAACACCAUUGUUGACAAAUUAGCAACCACAAAUGAGUUAACAUCGGUUACUGAAGAACCGAUAACGAGCGAUGACUCAAUAGCUACUGUUAAAGAAUCUACAACUUCCACUGACAAGUCAACAACUUUUGACAAAUCAACAACCACUGAAAAAUUAGCAUUAAUUACUGAAGAGCAAACCACAAGCAGUGAUUACUCAACGUCUUCUGAGAAAUCAACAACCACUGAUGAAGUAAAACUAAUCACUGAAGAACCAACAACUAGUGACAAAACAAUCGCUACGACUAUUACUGACAAAUCAACAACACUUUUUGACAAAUCAACUACCACUGACAAGACAACAACCAUUGUUGACAAAAUAGCAAUCACAAAUGAGUUCACAUCGAUUACUGAAGAACCGAUCACAAUUGAUGACUCAGUAGCUACUGUUGAAGACUCUACAACUUCUAUUGACGAGUUACCUACUUUCAGCAGAUCAACAACCAUUGUUGAACGAACAACUAGUGACAAAUCAACAACUACUAUUGAUGACUUAACUAUGACUGAACAAUCGAUAGAGCAUUUUGACCAAUCAUCUACUGUUGACAAAUCAACAACCAAUAAUGACUUAACUUUGAUUACUGAGGAACCGUUAACUGGCGAUGGAUCAAUAAGUACUUUUGAUGACUCAACAGCUCUUUUCGAGGUAUCAGCGACUACAGACAGACCACUAACAAUGACUAAUAGACCAAGAACAACUGAAGAGGCCACCACUGCAAACAUCUCAGCUCUCCCACCAGUCGUGUCAGUUGAAGCCACUCUGGAGGAACCGUUUGUGACAGAAUUGAACAAUCCCAACAGUGAGCAAUACAGAGAACUCGAAACAAAGGUUGUGUCAAUGUGUGACUUGAUCCUCUUGCAAGAAUUUGGGACCAUUUUCAUCCGCACAAUCGUGACUGGAUUUAGUCCAAAAGAGGGAAAUACCCGAGUGGAAUUGGAUCUGGAAUUCAACAGUUCUAUACCGAGUGAUCAAAUCCCUGAAGCCGAUGUGGUCGUCGAGACAUUGGUACAAGCUGUGAACAUCCCCAACGACAAUUUUCCCCUUAAGAUUGAUCCAGACUCGAUUGCCGUCAUAUCAUCUGAAACUACAACUCGCGGACCAAGCUCCAGCCAUGUUCCUGCAACUGUAGUUCCAAACACGGCCCACAUAUCCACAAGUAAAGGUCAAACCACCACCCAUGUCCUUGAAACUAACGAGCCAACCACCAGCCAAGUCCUCGCAACCAACGGACCCACUACCACCCCUAUUCCUGAAACUACAAGGCCAACCUCCACCCACAUCCCUGCAACCAAUGGGCCGGCCAGCAGCCACGUCCCCACAACUAAAGGACCAACGACAACCCAUGUUACUGCAACUGAUGGGCCAACCACCUCCCAAAUCUCUGCAACCAACAAGCCAAGCACCAGCCUAGUCACUGCGACUAAAGGACCAACCACCAUCCAUGUUGUUGCAACUGAAGAGCAAACCACAACUCAUAUCCCUGCAACCAACGGUCCAACCACCACCCAUGUUGUUGAAACUGAAGGGCCAACCACAACUCAUAUCCCUGCAACCAAUGGGCCGACCAGCAGCCACGUCCCCACAACUAAAGGACCAACGACAACCCAUGUGACUGCAACUGAUGGACCAACCACCUCCCAAAUCUCUGCAACCAACAAGCCAAGCACCAGCCUAGUCACUGCAACUAAAGGACCAACCACCAUCCAUGUUGUUGCAACUGAAGAGCAAACCACAACUCAUAUCCCUGCAACCAACGGGCCAACCACCACCCAUGUUGUUGCAACUGAAGAGCAAACCACAACUCAUAUCCCUGCAACCAAUGGGCCAACAACGACCCGUGUUGCUGCAACUGAUGGGCCAACCACAACUCAUAUCCCUGCAACCAAUGGGCCAACAACGACCCGUGUUGCUGCAACUGAUGGGCCCACCACCUCCCAAAUCUCUGCAACCAACAAGCCAAGCACCAGCCUAGUCACUGCAACAAAAGUACCGACCACCACCCAUGUUGUUGCAACUGAAGAGCAAACCACAACUCAUAUCCCUGCAACCAAUGGGCCAACCACCACCCAUGUUGCUGCAACUGAAGGGCCAACCACAACUCAUAUCCCUGCAACCAAUGGGCCAACAACGACCCGUGUUGCUGCAACUGAUGGGCCAACCACAACUCAUAUCCCUGCAACCAAUGGGCCAACAACGACCCGUGUUGCUGCAACUGAUGGGCCCACCACCUCCCAAAUCUCUGCAACCAACAAGCCAAGCACCAGCCUAGUCACUGCAACAAAAGUACCGACCACCACCCAUGUUGUUGCAACUGAAGAGCAAACCACAACUCAUAUCCCUGCAACCAACGGGCCAACCACCACCCAUGUUGUUGCAACUGAAGAGCAAACCACAACUCAUAUCCCUGCAACCAAUGGGCCAACCACCACCCAUGUUGCUGCAACUGAAGGGCCAACCACAACUCAUAUCCCUGCAACCAACGGUCCAACGACGACCCAUGUUGCUGCAACUGAUGGGCCAACCACCUCCCAAAUCUUUGCAACCAACAAGCCAAGCACCAGCCAUGUCACUGCAACCAGUGGGCCAACCACCACCCAUGUUGUUGCAACUGAAGAGCAAACCACAACUCAUAUCCCUGCAACCAACGGGCCAACCACCACCCAUGUUGCUGCAACUGAAGGGCCAACCACAACUCAUAUCCCUGCAACCAACGGUCCAACAACGACCCAUGUUGCUGCAACUGAUGGGCCAACCACCUCCCAAAUCUUUGCAACUAACAAGCCAAGCACCAGCCAUAUCACUGCAACUAAAGGACCAACCACCACCCAUGUUGUUGCAACCAACAGGCCAACAACCAGCCAUGUUCCUGCAACUAUAGGUCAAACUACAACCCAUGUUCCUGCUACUGAAGGGCUAACCACCACCCACAUCCCUGCAACCAACGGGCCAACAACCAGCAAUGUCCCUGCAACUAAAGGGCCAACGACAACCCAUGUUUCUGCAACUGAAGGGCCAAUCACCACCCUUGCUCCUGCAACCCCAAAUCCAACUGUUCCAAAAACAACAACUCUAUCAGAAGUCAUCACAUCUCCACCAGCAGUUGUUACUCUGACAGCAACUUUAGAGGAACCAUUUUUGGAAGCAUACAAUGAUGCCAGCAGUGCGGAAUACAGAGCUCUUGAAACCCAAGUUGUGACGGCGUGUGACGCCAUCUACAGGCAGAGAUUCUUUCUCACCUUCAUCCGUACCUUUGUAAUUCGGAUAGUUCGUGCUGUGGUUGUGACUCGAAUGGACAACACACGAGUGGACGUAGGACUGGAGUUCAAGAACAUUUCUUCUACUCCGGAGGACGAGGUUGUCGUCAACACCUUAGAAGAAACUCUGGCUCAGCCCAACAACACGUUCAACAUCAGCAUCGUCGCCAACACCGUACAAGUUAUCGAAUCCCCGCAAUCCGCUCAAGCGACGACUGCCAGCAACACUAACAGUCCAGCUGCUAACACCGUAGCUCUCGUCACGCGGACCUUGACGUUUACAUCCAUUGGAGAGACGUUCACAAGCGACCUGCUCAAUCAGUCUUCGGCAGCGUUCAUUGACCGAGCCGGGCGCAUCAAGACAAUUCUUGGGCAACUCUUCACAAUCACAUUUUCUGCAUUUAGAGACCUGACAGUAACCUCAUUCAGUAAUGGUUCCAUUAUCAACAACAUGGACCUGCGCUUCACAUCCGACAAUGUACCCGCCAAUAGCGUGAUUGCCAGCGUUUUGAUCAACGCUGCCCCCAACAUCACAGCCUUCAACGUUAACACAUCGUCCAUUUUUGUGGACGGUGUAGAGUUUUCAAGUGGGACAAGCCACAAAACCAGCCUCGUCACUGCAUCCGGCGUGGUGCUGUUGUCAUGGUUACUUUCAAGCCUGCUUUAAGGGGCCCAAAAUGGGUCCCUAGAAUAUUAUAAGUUGAUGUUGUAUUAUCAUUUCUGGGAGUCUAUAACUUAAUGCAAAUAAAAUAAGCUUUUUUAAACCUUAUACUAACUAAAACCUGUAAAUACUAGAAGAAUAAAAGUGCACACUGUAAGAAUUAAAGCCUCUGUACACUGUAUAAACGAAAGUGUAUUGUUUCAAUGUACUCUAUGGAUGAAAGAAAAUGGACGUUGCAAAAUAUGUGUGAGGGAUAUGAUAUGAAAAUCUCAGUAAAAACACAA